ACAUGUGAUCGACCUCGGGGGCAGUGGGGGGCGGUAAUGCGCUCGUCUGGACAACCCCGUGAUCAAUAUUUACGGAAGUGUUUCCUCAUUGAACUUAAAUCUCAAUAGUGACUCAUCUGCAAUGUCCUAUGUUCGAAUUUGAAAUAGUUUAUCCUUUAUCCUUAGCUCUUAGCGCCAUCACUCAUUGGCAAAAUAGCACUCGGAACCUAACGCUAACUGACUGAUAGCCUGUUAGCUAGGAAAUGUCGAACAGCAGCUAGCUUUUAAUUUGAAAUUGCGAGGCUAACGACGUUAGCACUCACUUUCAGUUCCCUUCGUGUGGACUUGGUUGUCUGGUUGUCAGAUUGGCUGUGUUAGGAAGUCAUAUGAAGUGUCUCGGUGGUUGUAUCCGAUAACGUUAUUUAAAGUCUAUGGCUGUAGUUUCUGGAGGCGUUGACAGAAGCUAACCGCUAGCCAGCUAGCUAGCUAGCUAACCGAGCGUUAGCACCAUGGGAGCAGAACAGAGCGGAGAUGCGGAGCACAAGCAGUCCGAUUACAGUUCAUCGGUGGUGCCUUCUCCAGCGAAGCAGAAGGCAAAGAUGGACGAUAUUGUGGUUGUGGCCCAGGGGACCCAGUCAAUGCGAAAUAUCCACAAUGACCCAGAUGUUAUAAAGCUUCAAGAAAUACCCACGUUUCAGCCACUUUUGAAAGGAGUGUUGAGUGGCCAGACUUCACCCAGCACUGUGUGUCUGGAAAGGCUGGAUGCUGCCCAAGUCCUGCAGCUCUGCGUCCGAUACCAGGACCACCUACACCAGUGUGCUGAGGCCGUGGCCUUCGACCAGAACGCCCUGGUCAAGAGGAUCAAAGAGAUGGACUUGUCAGUAGAAACCUUGUUCAGCAUAAUGCAGGAGCGCCAGAAGCGUUACGCUAAGUAUGCCGAGCAGAUCCAGAAGGUCAACGAGAUGUCCAUGAUCCUGAGACGCAUCCAGAUGGGCAUCGACCAGACAGUGCCUCUGAUGGAGCGACUCAACAACAUGCUGCCUGAGAGUGAGCGCCUGGAGCCCUUUAGCAUGCGGCCUGAUGGGGAAUCUGCCACCAAGUAGCCAUUUUAAAGCCAACAGAACUGCUUCUUAUCCAAGUCCAGUCCUCUGUCCAGCAGAAAAAGCAGGUCUGUCCAGCUGUAGGGAUACUAAGUCUUUAUAGGGGUAUAAAAGGUCUUGCUUUUAUACUACAGAUAGAGCUAAGGUGUAAAUGAGUGAGACUGCUCUAAUCAGGUCUCCGGGUCAUGAUCUGUUCCUUUUAUGCUUUUUAGUUGACGCAGUAAGUUUGGCUGCACGCUCCUGCUCUUAAUCAGCAGAGUCACACCUACUCAACACACACAGACAUUCACACCUGAGUUUGACUGAAACCUUCUGCUGCUGGCCACUGAGCUGCUUGAGUGGAGCAGUUGCCAACUUAAAAAAUGCUGCGAUCAAAUGUACCCCAACUGUAGAGGGCCCAGAGAUGAAUACUUAUCCCUUCCCUGCAGGGAAUCAACCUGGCAAUCUUCCAGCGACAGAACUUCCUUACUAAUCCAAAGGCAGGGGAGGAACAAACUAUUUUGAUUGUGACAGAAUGAACUCCAUAUGUGCAGAGACCUGUGUGCAGAUGUGUUGCAGGACUCAGAUGGCUGCGAGCGAUAUAAAAAGUAUCUCAAAAUCCUUCCUGCUCCUCUGGAGGUUAGAGCUGCUCCAGAACUGGCAGCGGAUUGAUUUUGGAUCUUGCACUUAACAUUACAAAUAUUUGUUGCUUGUGAUUAUGCCAUAUGCCUUGCUCACUGCUCGGCGAUCCCUUUCACUGUUUGCUUGUUUGCAGAUUGACAGCUUUUCAUUUUCUAAACAAUAUCGGUGUGUCGUUUUGGGAUACUUUGAGGAGGAGACUGAUGGGGAGGAUCAAGAUGGAUUAUUGCCUUUGGAUUGCACAAGGAGCUUGGAUGUACUGUACUUUGGAAGUAAAAGAAGAAGCUCAUUUGUGGACAGAAUAUUCUCAUGAACUAUUCAACUUCAGUUUUGUGAUGAGAGAACUUUAAUUUAUUUGGAUCGGUUCGCUAUAGCAGUUUUGUCAAUACUAUUUGCAUGCAAAAGAGCGAUAAAAGUGAAGAAAAAAAAUUCAACAGAGAUAUCAGAUUGGUAUAGAAGAUGUUUGCAGAGAUGGAAAGAAAAGGUUCUAUCAAGUUGCCAACUUUGUCACUACACUGCAGCAUUAACUCAACCUGACACAUUGAUAGACAAACAUCACACAUACCAAAGAGUCACACAUCCUCAAAGCAAAUAAAAAGUGGCACUUUAAAAACAGUUGGUCAUAUCUUAGGUAUCUGUAAGGGAAAGUGAUAAAGUAACUUAAUUGCUUUGUUUGUUGAAUAUUUGCUUCUGUAUCAUAUGCGCUUUAGGCUUAAAGGACCAGUUCACGCAAAUGCUAAAAAAAAAAAAAGUGCAUCUGGAGGUCUGUGUGGUUUUAUUUGUCCAGGUAUUGACUGAUAUGUCCCUGCGAUUUCUGCCUCCACCACAAGAAUUACAUUAAUCGUCGUAUUUGGUGUGUGAAUCACAGUGAGAAGUGAAUUGGCCAGUCGUCUACGAUGCAGCACUUAAUAUAAUGACCUGGAUGACCGAAAACCUUCAUCAACAUUUGGUGUUACUUUAUCCACACAACACUCUGUGAGCAGUUAACAUAUAUACAAUUGGUUAUAGAAAUACUGAGUUUUUAACACACCGUUUCAUACUGUGAGCACUACAUUCAAAAAUUAAAUCCACUUUAAUUUUAUUUGGUGGCAGCAAAAAUCUCAGAGGCAGAUACUUUAAAACUUGGGCAAAAGCUAAGUGAGCUCUUUUCUAAUCUUGCUGAACAAACACUAACGAUUGGUCAGUUUUCAGUGUUGCAAUAAAAAUCAAGAAAGCGAAA